GUGUCUCACGCGAACUUGAUCCACGUUAUGAAGAUAUGCAUUCGGAAGUAGGUUCCUGGGAAUAUGCCAAAAGACAGAGGCAACGCGAUGCAAACCGGGGCCCUGCCCUGCCGCCAGCACCCAUUGCGCCUCUCCCCUAUGCUUUCCCAGACGAAGCAGCGGUCACGGCAGACCUAGCCCAGCUCCAGCUCAAUCGAUUGCCCAAGACACGCACCAGUCCGGUCGUGACGCGCACGAAAGUGGCUCGUCAUGGCUCGCAACCGCAUGUUGUUCGCCCUUCGUCCAGCGGAGCCGAAAAUGGCAUCAUGCCGUUCCGACAGUACGCCCCGCCCCGUCGAGCAGGAUCGUAUUCCCAUCCUACCCCCCUAGAGGAAUUUCGCAGCUCCAGAAAGUGGCCUCCGAGCGGGUACAGGUCGGAUCAUGAGCUGGAUCCCAGAGAGGCCGAAGAGCUGAUCCGUACUGGUGCUUCUGCUUUCCGGGGAUAUUGCGAUGCGAUACCAAACGCUCCGCAAGGGUAUGAUCGCUUCUACGCAGUCAUGACUUCGGAGCAUCAAACACGGACAGAUCGGGCUUCUUUCAAUCAACCGGCGUACCGAGACAUGUCCCUCAACAUGACAGGGAACCCCGAGAGUCAAUUUCCUUGGUUAUCUUUGGAACAGCCAUCUAUGGCAUACGCGUAUGGGAAAAGCGCAGGAACCACAACACUGAAUUUUUGGAUCAGCAAGUCGGCGAGUAGUGUACCACCAAUGAAGCUAGCUGGGGAUAUCAAGCCCAAGAAGUUGAAGUUCCUACAAAUACUGGACCGGCUGCAGCGCCUGGAAAAUGGCCUUGAAAUCGAUGACCCAGAGGAAAUGUACAGAUAUCUGUACAGUACAUUGAUCGAGGAUCCAGAACGCUAUAGCGACCAUCCUCACUACGGCAUAGCACAGCAAAUAGAGGACUUGAUCGAUGUUCUUUCGAAUCCUUCGUGGAUAGACUUUUCUAACCCGAAGAACCAGGUGGUGGCGAAGUUUUUUGAUUCGCCUGACCAACACAGAAAGCAAGAAUUCUUCCAUCAGCUGCUGCUAUCUGUCGAACUGUACCUCCGCAUUCACUCCAAAGGUUACACGGACAAGGCUAAGCGGAAAUUGCUAUUGCAGUUACCUCCAGCCAUAACGUGGGACCUGGCCGUCGCACAGCGUUGGAUGGAGAACAUGGAGAUUACAAAGUCCCGAACGUCAAAUGUCCAGAGUACUUUCAGUUUUGAGCUGAAGAGCAAGAAACGGCAGAUAGAAGCUCUGCGUGUAUUUGCAGUGAUGCUCAAGUGGCCCAACAUGGACGAGAUAGACUAUGUCUUGGAAGAAAAGGACAGGAGGGAGAAGCCACUCGAGGAUCGGUCAGCUGAUGCUAUGUCAUGGUUCUCUGGGAUUGUACUCCCUGGACGAACAUUGCCGUGGCUCAUUAUGAACAGUCUAAUAGAUUGUGAUCGGGAUACGGGCGAAGCACUCAAGUACCUUACCCAUAUGCAUACUUCUUCUGGAUUUCAAUACCGUGCAAACACGUACUGGUCUGCUCAGUGUAUCGUCGGCAAAGUCCUUGGGGCUGCAAGAGGUGUGAAACAGAUUGCGGGAUGGAUCGGGCCAUGCAUAUAUACUCCAGAUUUGAAGCGGACAGAGUGCGUGCGUAUCAAGCAACACGAAUCACUGGACCCGAAACUUUUUCCAGUGGAUGUUGAAUCAAUGGACGAGCGAACGGAUCCUUUGGGCCCAGAAGAAGCCAGCUACCCAGCUGCUGAUUAUGAAGUGCCAAUGCCAGACACAGAAGACGUUACUGACCUGAUUCGCAUCAACAGACUCUCAUUCGUCCCCGCCAAAGAUCAAACCAGCUCUGCGAGACAAUCUUCCGGAGUACCAAUGGUGUUCGAUUCAGCUAUUUAUUUUGCAUGCGGUGGUGACAGCUGGCCAAUGAAGCUUACAUACGACGUGGACUUCAUCAACGCGUUUCCAUGCCACCAAGGCCCGCACGUGCUCUUCUACGACUUCGAAUACCAAGCAGUCAAGAUUGACGAUGGUCUUGUGGAUCUUCAUGAUUGGGGUCGUCAAUCUGGUCGAACCUCCCGUCCCUCAUCCUCGCGCUCGUCACCUUCCAAAAAGUCCCUCACCCUCACAUCAUCUGACAAGCCUGCCCAUAUGCAAGUCAGCAAAGUACUCACUAUUGAGGCGCUUGGCGUGAGCGACAACGAAGUCUUCGCAAGAGCAUGGUGUUCGCAUCAUGGCCAUAGCGCUAUCAUUGCAAAUAUCAAGGAAACGUGCAUGGCGUGUGCGAUUAGAGAAGCGUACGCAGCAUGUAUAUCCGUCGUCAUCUUUACCGAGGGCGGUAAAGAAACAGAGAAGGAUGAGGGUGUCUUCGUUUGA